CAGAGCUGUCAGUGCGCAGGCUGUCACGGCUACGGACGGGAGUCGCCAGGAGUCUGCUGCGUAAAAAGAACAGCAUAAAUUGUGUUUUAAAACUGUUGACAAACUGACAUUACAUCGUAAUAUGGAUGACGACGUGCUGACGACUCUGAAACUGUUGAUAAUAGGCGAAAGUGGAGUGGGGAAGUCCAGUCUUCUCCUGAGAUUCACAGAGGACACAUUUGAUCCAGAACAGUCGGCGACAAUAGGUGUGGAUUUCAAAGUGAAGACACUAUCUAUUGAUGGAAACAAAGCGAAACUCGCCAUAUGGGACACAGCUGGUCAGGAAAGGUUUCGCACACUAACACCCAGCUACUAUCGUGGUGCACAGGGUGUCAUACUUGUAUACGACGUUACAAAGCGAGACACCUUCACCAAGCUGGAAAACUGGCUGAAUGAACUGGAAACCUACACAACUCGCAACGACAUCGUGAAAAUGCUGGUCGGGAACAAGAUCGAUAGGGAUGACCAUGAAGUCGACCGGAGUGAAGGCCUGAAGUUUGCAAGGAAACACGCGAUGCUUUUUAUCGAGGCAAGUGCGAAGACCAAAGACGGCGUCCAGUGUGCCUUUGAGGAGCUUGUCGAGAAGAUCCUCCAGACUCCGGGGCUUUGGGAGAGUGAAUCCCAGGGACAGAAGCUGCGCCUGGGGAGCCAGGAGCAAGGCAGCGGCCGGGCGUGUGGAGGCUACUGCUCCAUACCUUGAAAAGUGGACAAAACGACAGAAAAGAUGACAGACCAGAACCAAGAACGGAUAUAAAUACUGCGAGUGGUUAAGAGAGAGGAUGGGGAUGGACUCCUUGCACAUGACACUUCUUUCCGUUUAGCUGUUUUAGAGUUUGAAAUGAAAGUAAGCGAUGCCAGUGUGGAACUACUCUGAGAUGAUCUCACUGUCCAAACAGUACAGCAGCAUUUAGGCGACAAUUUCUUCCUCUUGCGGCCAUGCCUUCUUCAUAUGUUGCUGCACCUAAUAAUCGUUUCUGCUGGCCUCAUACCGACUUUCAGCAUGCACCAAAACACUGUGCAUACGUGCAUAAAUAAGACAUUUCACGCUUUCAUUCUCACUUAAUGUUCAUGUUAGGACUUUAUUCAUGAAAUUGCUAUCAGAAUGUAUUGUGGUGUUAUGUUUUCCCCCUUCUAUAUAUAUAAAUAAAUAUGCAAAACAGGUCAUAUAGACUUUAUGGAACCAUACUUUUCAAGGUUGGUAUGUGUACAAAAUGGUCCUUAACUACGACCCUCCCACGCUCCGUAUUUAACACCCUAAAUAUGCUUUAAUAACACACCGGAACUUAGCGUUUUCCAUCCAUCUUGUCGCUUUAUUGAGCCAAGGCACGCAUUUUAAAUUAGACACAUACACAGGUUAAUUAUGUAGAGGAAGAGCAUUUUAUUUACAGUAAAUAAAUUAUUUUUGGACCGAUCAAGUGAAAUUGGAUAACUUUCCAUAGUGUCGUCCAUACCUCUAGCUUUGCUUCAUUUAAUUGUGAUGAUGUCCGGAUUUAUUAUUGAAGGUUUUGGCUGACACAUCCGAUCAUUCCCGAGCGCUUUUUUUUCUUCAUGAAAUGUUGCUUUUUCCAAUCAUGUUUAGCACUAUGUCACCAAGGUACCUGCCUUAACGAUGAAUGGUGUCUGCUAUAGUUGCAGUGUGGUAACGUUUGUACUGUUUGAAACAGAAAUAAAUGACACCGCGAUAAA